AACAUCAGAGAUGUACCCGAAAGGUCGGAGAGACGAUUUGAUUGGCUGCAAAGCGGUCACGAUAAGGAGCAGAGAAACGAAUAAAUGGCAAGCCGAGUCUUCAAUUAAAUUACUCUCUUCAAAAUGGCGUUCUUGGGUUGCUUGGCAAUAUUCGCCGUCGUAAUCGGCUCUGCCCUCGCUCAGGGUCCUCAGGUGACCCUGCCCGACCUCGGCACCCUGGAGGGCUACACGGGAAACUCAUUCAUUUCAGACAGAGAGUUUUACCACUUCAGAGGCGUGCCUUUUGCAAAGCCACCUGUUGGUGACCUCAGGUUCAAGGCUCCGCAACCUGUAGAGCCCUGGGACGGAAUCCUGAACGCACACUCCAACUUUGGGCACAGGUGUCCUCAGGCUGGUCCGGCCGGUCUUGUCACGACCUGGCAAGGGACUCUGGAAGAAUCGCUGGAAGCGGAGAGCAGAGCCGACGAGGAGGCGGAAGACUGCCUUUUCCUGCAGAUCUACUCCCCAAACAUCGACCCUGCUGCCAACCUGCCGGUCGUGGUGUUCAUCCACGGCGGCGCCUUCAUGACUGGCUCUUCUCGCCUCUUCGGCGGCAACAAAUUUAUGGACCACGACGUCGUCCUCGUCGUGCCCCACUACAGGCUUGGCCCCCUCGGAUUCCUUUCGCUGCACACUGACGAAAUCCCCGGCAACGCUGGCAUGCUUGACCAGGUGGAGGCGCUCAGGUGGGUGCAGAAGUACAUUUCCUAUUUCGGAGGCAACCCGAACCAGGUGACCCUGAUGGGUGAGAGUGCCGGCGCGGUCAGCACUUCGCUUCUCAAUCUCAGCCCCCUCUCAACAGGCCUGUUCCAACAGUACAUAACGCAAAGCGGCACCGCUCUGGCCAACUGGGCGGUGGACACGGACCCGAUCAACGCCGCCAUCGAGAUCGGAAGACGCGCAAACUGCACCGACUCGGAAAUCAACGCCCUCACCGCCUGCUUGAAGACCGCCUCCGUUUCCGACCUCGUCCUUGCCUACAUGGGAUAUUUGACGAGCGAGGUGAAGCAGGGACGGAAUGGCAUUGGAGGCAGUGCUCCUGUCAUUCAACAAGCCGGCGCCGUGCGCUUUUUGGAGAAAUCGCCGCGGGAUAUUUUCGCUUCUGGCGAAUACAGCGCGAAACCGGCCAUUUUCGGAGGAAACAAACACGAGGGCACCAUGCCGCUGCAUUUCAUGUACGGCAAUUAUCUCAAGCCCAACGACUUGCUUGAAGACGAGCAGUACAUGUCCAGGGAGGUCACCCGUCUCUUCUUGAACUUCCUAGGCAUCCACAACGAUCAGGGCGACACCCUGGCCAUCGGCGUGGAGGACACGUACCUGGGUCGCGAUAAAAUGGGCAACUUCACCCUAAUCAUGCCAGGCCUGAUUGACCUGUCGUCCAACAUCCACAUCAAAGGGCCGACCUUCGGCAACGCCGAGUACAACGCGGCCAAGGGUGCGCCCACCUACCUCUACAGCUUCCACUUUGACGGCUCGAGGAGCAUGUUCUCCUACAUUGCACCCCUCUCGCCCUUCCCAGGAGGAGUUGCGCAUGGAAAUGAAAUGAUUCUCCAGUUCUCGAUGCCCACCUUCACGACCAACGAACAGGACGACAUUGUGUCCAACCAGCUCAUCACUCUCUGGGUCAACUUCAUUAAAUAUGGAAAUCCGACGCCAGCUGAGAACCCGGUGGACGGCAUUCCGACGUGGCCGCUGUGGACGAUUCGAAAAGGCCCCUACAUGGUGAUCAACAGCACCUCGUCAGUGAUGCAAGACUUCUCAAGGACUGAGUACUUUGUUGCUAUCAACGAAGACUUCCCUAAUAAUUAUCAGUGAUAUUUUUACUAUGAGAGAAAUAAAGUCUGACUAUAAGAUUAUACGUA